AUGGCAGACGAAUCCUCAGACCAGAAAUUUAUAGAAGUGGUUACUAAUCACAGCAAUGAAAAUGAAGAGGAUGAUGCAAGUGAUUCAGAGCUUCCAUGGAAGAAGAGAUUUAAGAUGGCUCCAAGAAGGAAACUUCUGGUGCUUUGUCUUGGUGGAUUGCUGGUAAACAGGGUGUUCAAAAGGAAUCGGAAAAGGCCUCGACUAUUAAACCCUGAUGUGUAUGAUGGCAAUUUUGAACUUUUCGUGAGGCCCUUCUGUAUUGAUUUUAUAAAAUUUUGCUUUGAACGAUUUGAAGUGGGGGUAUGGUCUGCUACUGUAGAAUGUAAUACAGAAGAUAUUUUGAAGUGUUUGGGUUAUGAAAUGAAAAAGAACUUAGCAUUUGUAUGGGGUAAAGAAGAAUGUAUAGAUUCUGGAAUACCAUGCCUAAGAAAUAGGGAAAAGCCUCUGUUUCUGAAGGAUUUGAGGCGACUGUGGGAAAAGAAAUACCUUGAUCUUCCCUGGCGUAGGGGACAAUAUUCGCAGUCGAAUACAUUGUUGGUUUGUGUUGAUCCUCCCACAGCCUUGCUGAAUCCUCCUAAUACCGGAAUAUUUCCCCAACCGCUGCCUCUGAUUUUCCCUCUGGAUGUGUUAGGGCCUAAUGGUGAGUUGCGGUGCUAUCUGGAGAGACUUGCAGAUGUUGAUAAUGUCCCAUCUUAUGUAAAAGAGCAUCCAUUCGGACAGCCUGCAAUAACACCUUCACAUCCCGAUUGGAAUCACUACGCUAAGAUUGCUCGUGAGUUUCGCAAGGAAGACGAUGAAACUACUAGCAAAUGA